CAAUAAUAUCCACUUAUGUAUGCAUGCAUAUUCAUAUAGACAUACAUGUGUAGUUCUUUGAGAUAAUGAAAAGAUGAAAAAUUUCAAAGUACAUAGAAGUGUGAAUCAUGCCGAGGAAUAUCGACAAUAAUCGAGACUACCCGAGACAUUCGCGAAUAAAAUGGCGGCUGCAAUCAAGUAAUUAUUUUCGAAAAAGUAUUCCGGUUGCUGAUAAUUAAAAAAACUUAUUGAUAUUGUUGAUGAUAACAAUAACCACAUCUCAAUUUUUAUUUGAAUUUAAUCGUGAGUACAUUGUUAACGAAGAUUAUAACUUAAUUAUAAUGUGACUAGCAUUUGGACUAAUGCAGGCCAUCAGCGUUUUGUCAAGUAUAAAUGAUGACUUCAAUGUUGCCCAGUUUUAACCCUCCAAUUGUUAAACGGUUGCUGGGUUGGAAAAAAGCCGAAGGUGAAGACAAAUGGAGUGAAAAGGCUGUGAAAAGUCUUGUUAAAAAACUUAAAAAGUCAACUGGUCUUGAAGAACUUGAAAAGGCCAUUUCCACACAAAGUUGCAACACCAAGUGUAUUACCAUACCAAGGCCUAGUCCUGGAGUCGUAAACGAGAACGGGAUCCAAGGAGUUAGAGGAAAGGGCCUACCACACGUCGUUUAUUGUCGUCUUUGGCGUUGGCCUGAUCUUCAAUCUCAUCACGAACUCAGGGCAAUCGAUCAUUGCGAGUACGCCUUUACUCAAAAAAGAGAAGAAGUCUGUGUGAAUCCUUAUCAUUAUCAAAGAAUUCAAACGCCAGUUUUACCGGCAAUUCUGGUUCCACGACACAAUCUUCCGGGUGACGAAUCAGUACUCUAUAAUACAUCUCUUGAAGAACUUAGUGUCAGUGUUCCAGAAAAUACGAAUUUUCACGCUACUUUAAAUCAUCGAAAUAAUCAGCAGGAGGUUUCUCAAACUUCCCAACAACAAUCAAAUAAUCCAUAUCAAGGAAUGCAGAGUAUGCAAGCAACAAGUCCGGCGAGUGUUGGAAGUUUAGGAAGCGUUCAAGGCUCACCUCAUCCCGUAUCUGGAUCUAUGGAUCCACCAGCUGAUACACCACCUCCAGGUUACAUUAGUGAAGACGGUGAUAAUAUAGAUCACAAUGACAAUAUGUCUCUUUCACGUUUAUCACCUAGUCCAGUUGAUGCUCAACCAGUUAUGUAUUGCGAGCCUGCAUUCUGGUGUUCUAUAAGUUAUUAUGAAUUAAAUACAAGAGUGGGUGAAACAUUUCAUGCUUCUCAACCAAGCAUAACCGUAGAUGGUUUUACAGAUCCUAGUAAUUCUGAGAGGUUUUGUCUCGGUUUGCUAUCAAAUGUCAAUCGUAAUACCGUUGUAGAACAAACCAGACGUCAUAUUGGUAAAGGAGUUAGAUUAUAUUACAUUGGCGGAGAAGUUUUUGCUGAAUGUCAAUCUGAUUCAAGUAUCUUUGUGCAAAGUCCAAACUGUAAUCAACGUUAUGGAUGGCAUCCAGCAACUGUUUGUAAAAUACCACCAGGCUGUAAUCUUAAAAUUUUUAAUAAUCAAGAAUUUGCGGCACUUUUAUCGCAAUCAGUAUCACAAGGAUUUGAAGCAGUGUAUCAACUUACGAGAAUGUGUACAAUCAGAAUGAGUUUCGUGAAAGGCUGGGGUGCAGAAUAUCGUCGACAAACUGUAACAUCAACACCUUGUUGGAUAGAAUUACAUUUGAAUGGGCCACUACAAUGGCUUGAUAGAGUUCUUACUCAAAUGGGUUCACCGCGUUUACCAUGCUCUUCAAUGUCUUAAAUAUAGUAAUCGACUGAUGGUGGAAAACUGUUAGGAGGAAGGAAUGAUCUGUGAAUUUAUUCGUCUUUUAACAGUAAUAAAUAUUUGCGUAUGAUUUUCAUUUUAUUGAUUAACAAUUUUUAGAUUUUAGAUAAACGACUGAAAUUAUUUAUCAUUUUUAAAAUCAUUACGAUCUAUUUUAAUUCAAAAUUUUUCGUCGCAUAAAUCAUUAGCUGCAACAACUGCCGCUUUUUUUGACGGGUUGAAAGACGUCUGUGAUUGUGCAGAUUAUGUAAUUAUCGUGUGCAGUUAUAUUAAGAAAAACCGAAAACAUUCAAGAUAUAUAACGUUAGAUUUCGCACUUUCCAAAUAUUGUUAUCACAAAAAUAUCACAUAGUAAGAUUAAGCAAGAUUGAAUGCAAUGAUAUAACUUUGGAUUAAUAUUAUUCUGUGCAUGUUUUUAAAAUGUAUUUAACAAUUAUUUGUUAAUGAAUAAUUAUCCAUUUUUUGCAUUAAUAUGGAUAUAAAAAAAUACUGUUAUGUUUUAUGAAAAAUAGAGAUCAACCAUUAUUUCAAAUAAUGGUUUUUAAAUAUAUUAUUUGUAUACGCUAUUAUUUGAUAUAUUUUUAACUAUAAGUAUUUAAAAGAAUUAUGUUGAGAGUAAUUUACAUUCAAUCCACUUCUAAAAGUGUAUUCCACUUUACCUUUCAUUUUUGAUACAAAGUAACUUGAAGUUGCACCAUGAUCCUACGAACGAUACAUAUUAUAUAUAGUUAAAAGAUAAUAUAAACAUUAGAAAUAAUUUUAUACUUCAAAACAUUGUAUUAUCAAAUAUGACGUCAUUAUUAACAUACCCUUUAACUAGUCGGUGGCCGAAUUGUAAGAUGCCAGAUCUAUAAACAGAAUGAUUUGGAGUUGAGUCCAAAUCUAAAUUUAUUAACAAAUCUAUAAUUCUUACAGACUACAUUCAUAAAUGCCACAUAAUCUUAAAUCGAGGAUUAUUUAACAUAAAAUAUAAUAAAGUUGAUAAUUCCAUAUUUA